AUGAGUAAAGAAGUUGACGAACCGCUGCAGCGUUUCUGUGAACUGUCCCAGCACAUUAAUAAGUUCACAAAUCUUUUGGGAGUAGAUGUCUUGGCGGUUGAUUUGAAGUGGAAUUUUCGCACCUGGACAACAACAUUUGCGAUUAUCAAUUAUACUGGCUUUACCUUAUUAUCCAUAAUCCUAAAUGCUCAUGACUGGAAGGAGUGCCUGAAAAUAAGUCUUAUGCUGGGUGGUUUAUUUCAUGGCAUUGGUAAAUUCUUUACCUGUCUGUUCAAGCAAUCCAGAAUGAGAUAUAUCACCUUCUACACAUCCAAUAUAUUCAAGGAGUAUGAGCAGCUCAGUCCAAUCUAUGUCAAAAUCUUGAAUAUUGGCUUAGAUCGUUUGCUGCAAAUUAUGUGGAUACUUCGUAAUGGCUAUUUGGUUACUUUUCUUCUAAUGACUGUAAUUCCCUUGGGAUUACUUUUCUAUAACGGAACUCGUGUCACAAUUAUGCAAUAUCAGAUUCCUGGACUGCCAUUGGAGAAUAAUAUUUCCUAUACCAUUACCUAUAUCAUACAGAUAGUGACUAUAAGUGUGGCUGGUUUUGGUUUCUAUGCUGGCGAUCUCUUUGUUUUGCUUGCCUUGACGCAAAUUCUAACAUUUGCCGAUAUUUUGCAGGUAAAAGUAAAUAAACUGAAUGAAUCGUUAAAGGGCAAGUCAGCAAAGCGAGCAGAAAUGGCCCAAGUGGGCGCAUUGGUAGAGGGAGAAUAUGAAAGGCACACAAUACUCUUGGAAGUGGUUAAAUGGCAUCAGGAGUUUACAAGCUAUUGCCGCUAUGUGAAUGAUUUGUAUCAUGAUCUAAUUGCUAGUCAGGUUCUCUCAAUGGCCAUGGCUGUGAUGCUUAGUUUUUGCAUUAACUUAAUCAGCUUUCACCUACCAUCUGCUAUAUAUUUUGUGGUCUCUGCCUAUAGCAUGGUGGUCUAUUGUAUUCUUGGCACCAAAAUUGAAUUUGCUUAUGAUCAGGUCUAUACAUCCAUUUGCGACAUUUCCUGGCAAGAGCUAAGCAGCAAGCAACGGAAAUACUUUGGCAUGGUCCUGCGAGAGGCACAACGGCCGCCUACUAUUACAAUUCUUGGCGUUAUGCCGCUAUCAGUGAGAACGGCGCUACAGAUAACAAAACUCAUUUACAGCCUGUCCAUGAUGAUGAUGCAAAAUCGCACCUAG